AUGACACAUCCACUUUUCAACGUCCUCGAGGAGAAGGUUUAUUUCGACCUCACUGACCACUUCGACAACCACCGCCUCAAGAAUAUUGUAUUUAGUCCCGUGAAAAGUGGACAUUCACUUUGCUGCAUCCAUCUUCAGCUGGAGCAGUCUCCGAGCACAUCUGAAAAGAUCCCGUCAGGAAUACUCUUUGAAGUGAUGGGCCAGAUUGCCAUUCAGGACUGCUACCUCACCACCCAUGGAGACUCGGAACAUUAUCCCGAGCCUGGUGAUGGUUCACCAGCCGUCUCAUGCUGGAUUGAGCCCUUACCCGACAUCUUGUCGUGUGCUGAUUGGAGGAAGGCUAUGCGAGCCAUCACGAAAAUCGCGGAGAUGGGGCCAGAGUCUCUCCUCCAUCUUCUCAGGCAUGUUCGCAUGGAUCCGCCCAGCAUUGAUUUCAUGCAACUCCAAGUGGGAUGGCGCCCUCGGGCUUCAGAGGACAUGAUAGCAGACUUUCCACUCUUCAAUCGCAAGGGAAAGCAGACUGCACCGACCUCUAUCUCCGAAGUGCCAUUCGGGAAGCCCGUACAGACUGUGCUCGCGCAGCUGAAGAGCUCGCUCGCACCUCUUGAGAAGCGAAACUUUGAAGCUGAAUGGGCGAAAAAGGUUGAACGCCAGUGCGAAGCCUGGAAGAGAGCGCGCGUCUCGCAGUCACAGUAUGCAGAACAGCUGGAGUGGGAGGCUCACGUUGUGGAAUAUGUGAACUUUGUUCACGAGCGCAUAAAAGCCCAUGGAAAUGCAAAGCUCGCAACAGAGCGCAGUCUUCGCAGAGAUCUCCCACUCUACGGACCGCGCUUCGUACCGCCGACGUACCUGGAUAUAGCAAAGCGCAGCGCAACACCCGAAAUCAUGCCGGAGACGACGUACCUUAAGCCAGUUACCAUUGUCCAUCCAUUCUACUUCCCCGAGAUCACACAAUGCCCGCAGUGUGAUUCCGGUGAUGUUAAAUGGAUCCAAUGGGCUGCUACCGGCCAUCGCGAGGUGCAUGGUCUGUUUCGAGAGGAGACUGCAAUUGGGUAUCAGUUGCGGUGCAAGGAGUGCGAGAAACGCACCGCGGAACGAAGCGGUACCAAUGAAGACUCCGACGGAGCGUACUGCUUCACGACGACAAGCCACCUGUUUUGGCAGCGUCGGGACCACUGGGAAAUACCAUCCAGCAUCCCAUACUUCCUCAGGCGCUGCGCGGUCACGCGCGAGUUAUUUGACCUCAUCGUUGAACUGCGUCCUUCAACGACGUCUGCGGGGCUUGCCGAGAAUGUCAGACAGCUUCACCUCCUUGAAUACCACAGAGAGAGACUCGUGUACUUGCGAUACUUUCAGUUGCGACAGGAGACGAAAAACAUGAGCCUGGUCGAUCCUCCGCCACUGCGCAAGUUCUCAAAGCCGGGCGAAAUCGUCGCGGGCUACUGUGAUCGCUCGAUCACGGAUGACUUGAUCACUGAUAUCUUCAAUAAAUUCAGUGAGAAAACACGGCAACCAGAGUCAGAGACAUACCUUCGUACAUUGAGCGCAACAUCCAUCUCUCUCGACAAUACCUUCCGUGCGGCAGGAAAGGCGAGCUUGGUGACCGUUGUCGAGAAGAAGCAGAACCGCAUCAAGGUGUUGAAGGGUGGAAUUCUGAGCGUCAUCAACGAGGUCAAUGAGAUCAUAUCCUGGCGUUUCUGCCAGUCGCAAUCGACGUCUGAGAUCGCAGAGGUAUUAGCAGGUCUCAAGCGGCGCGGCGAGUUGCUGCAGGUCCCUGAUCCUGUGCUGGCGGUGGUCGACAACUGCUGCCAUGUGCGCAAGUCCAUCAAAAAGGCGCUGCCAGAAAUAGAUGUCGUGCUUGAUGUCUGGCACUUUGUCGGAAGAUACCUUGCAUGCAUUAUCGGCGGCACCAAGAAUUCGCUCCGUGGGGCGGUCGCACGAGAUUUGGUCGGCGCGAUCCUCAAGACUACGGCAGACAAGUACAAUCGUGCCGUCUACUGGAGCAGGGCAGAGCAAGAGAGAUGA